AUGGCAAGCUCUGCUGCUAGACUUGCGGUCUUUUUCUUAAUACUACUAGCUGAUGCUGUCGUCCCGAGUUUGGGCUCAAGCUAUGUUGUUGGAGAUGUAUCAGGUUGGGCACUGAAUGUUGAUUAUAGUUUAUGGACCUAUGGCAAAACCUUCAAUGUUGGAGACAACCUUGUCUUCUACUAUGGAAGCGGCCAUACUGUAGAUAGAGUGAAUGCACGAGAUUACAGCUCCUGCUCAGUUGAAAAUCCGAUCACUACAUCUGACACGGGAUCAACAACCAUCACUCUGGAUUCUCCGGGCUAUUAUUACUUCAUCUGUGGUGCAAUUGGUCAUUGCAGUAGCGGGAUGAAGCUCGCUGUUGCUGUUGCAGCUAGCACAGUUAGUGUCUCUAUCUAA